UCAAGUAUCAAACCAUUCUAACAAAACUAUAAUAAUAAUAUCGCUCUUUAUGAAUUCAAAUACAUUAAUUGUGUCGUGUCAACAAGAUACUCGCCAGAUCAGUGAUUCAAAUUGGUGCUUAGCGGUGAAAAUAAUAUCACACUAUGCCUAAUUUCAGUUUCCUCGAUAAAUACUCAAAGAAAUCGUCCAAAAAAACUGUUUACGUGUGUGUAUUUGAAUCUCCAGUGGGUGAAGUAAUUGCAGCUGCAGAUAAUGAACUCUUGUAUGUUGUCACUUUCGAGGAUUCAAAAGUGUUCGAAAAAGGUUUCAAAACUCUUAGUGAUGAACUGUCGUGUAAUUUUAAGCAAGAGAAGAACGGUAUUUUGAAUCAGUUUGAAGAGGAACUCAAGGCUUAUUUGAAUGGUGAUUUAAAGAAGUUCUCAGUGCCUAUAAAAACUUAUGGCUCUGAUUUUCAGAAGGAGGUAUGGAACAAGCUGUUAGAGCUUCCAUAUGCAUCAACAAUGUCUUACGGUGACCUGGCUAAAGCCAUGGGACGGCCAGGCAGCCACGCCAGGGCUGUAGGCGCGGCCUGCGGAGCCAACUCGCACCUGGUGGUGGUGCCCUGUCACCGUCUGGUUGGAUCUACAACUAAAGGGGGCUUUAACAGUGGAGUUGACAGAAAGGAAUGGUUACUACAACUUGAAAAGGAACAUUCAUGAAUUUGGUAAGGUUUUUAUUUGAAUGUAAAAAUUGUCUUCAUUAUAAGUACAAAAU